CAGAAAGUAGCGUGUUCAAUAGAGGAUAAGAAGUAAUGAAGUACACAGUGAUGACAGGUGAUCCUACACAGGAAGCUUAACCAUGAACGUGAGCAGAGGAAUGUGGGGCGAGAAAGCCAAUGAGGGAUUCUGCGCCUCCUCCCUGGGUUUGGUGGUCUGCCUCUGGAGUGGUCAGUUAUUCUGCUGACAUGCCCACCCAGCUGGAGAUGGCCAUGGACACCAUGAUAAGAAUCUUCCACCGGUACUCCUGCAAGGAAGGGGACAGAUUCAAGCUCAACAAGGGGGAACUGAAGUUACUCCUGCAGCGAGAGCUCACAGAAUUCCUCUCGUGCCAAAAGGAUCCCCAGUUGGUUGAUAAGAUAAUGCAGGACCUGGACGCCAAUAAGGACAAUGAAGUGGAUUUUAAUGAAUUUGUGGUCAUGGUGGCAGCUCUGACAGUUGCCUGUAAUGAUUACUUUGUAGAACAAUUGAAGAAGAAAGGAAAAUAAAGAUUAAUAGGCCAACCUAAAGGCAGAA